CCUCUUUGCUGGUGCUGCUGCUACUGCUGCUGCUGCUGCUGUAGAUUGACGGCCCGCGCUAGCGCUUCAGAGUUACUGGUUUAUUCUUGAGACUGAUCUACUCUGAGCCAUCCUCAUGGAUGAACUUCAGGAUGUUCAACUCACAGAGAUCAAGCCUCUUCUAAAUGAUAAGAAUGGCACACGAAACUUCCAGGACUUUGACUGUCAGGAACAUGACAUUGAAACACCCCAUGGUAUGGUCCACGUCACCAUAAGAGGCUUACCAAAAGGAAACAGACCUGUUAUUCUGACAUACCAUGACAUUGGGCUCAAUCAUAAAUCCUGCUUCAACACGUUCUUCAACUUUGAGGAUAUGCAAGAGAUCACCCAGCACUUUGCUGUCUGUCACGUGGAUGCCCCGGGCCAACAAGAAGCGGCACCCUCCUUUCCAACAGGGUAUCAGUACCCCACCAUGGAUGAGCUGGCCGAGAUGCUGCCUCCUGUGCUUACACACUUGAGUAUGAAGAGCAUUAUUGGUAUUGGAGUUGGAGCAGGAGCCUACAUUCUCAGCAGAUUUGCACUCAAUCAUCCAGAGUUGGUAGAAGGUCUUGUGCUCAUUAACAUUGACCCGUGUGCUAAAGGCUGGAUUGACUGGGCAGCUUCCAAACUCUCAGGCUUGACCACCAACAUCGUGGACAUAAUUUUGGCUCAUCACUUUGGGCAGGAGGAGUUGCAGGCCAAUUUGGACCUCAUUCAAACCUACAGACUGCAUAUUGCUCAAGAUAUCAAUCAAGAAAAUCUCCAGCUCUUCCUGGGUUCCUAUAAUGGGCGCAGAGACCUGGAGAUUGAAAGACCUAUACUGGGCCAAAAUGAUAACAGAUUGAAGACGCUAAAGUGUUCUACUUUACUGGUGGUGGGGGACAAUUCACCUGCUGUGGAGGCUGUGGUUGAAUGUAAUUCUCGCCUCGACCCUAUAAAUACAACUUUGCUAAAGAUGGCAGACUGUGGAGGACUGCCCCAAGUAGUUCAGCCUGGGAAGCUCACCGAGGCCUUCAAGUACUUUUUGCAGGGAAUGGGCUACAUCCCGUAUGUGCAGCUCAGUCACCUCAGCAGCGAGUCAGUACCAUCUGCCAGCAUGACCCGGCUCGCCCGAUCACGAACCCACUCCACCUCAAGUAGCAUUGGCUCUGGAGAAAGUCCCUUUAGCAGGUCUGUGACCAGCACUCAGUCAGAUGGAACUCAAGAAUCCUGUGAGUCCCCUGAUGUCCUGGACAGACACCAGACCAUGGAAGUGUCUUGCUAAGCAGAUGCUCCUCCCCUGGACCAUGCAAGUCCCUCCUCCUUGAAGUGACCACUCUGUAUAGAACAUUUCAUUCCGUCAGCGGGCCCCCACUUCCUUUCACUCACGCAUGGCCACAGCAUCUCUCUCUAGUAGCCAGGAUGUCAUUCUCUCCACCCUUUCUGUGUGUACCAGAGCCACACCCAUGCCAUUACUGUAACAUUCCGACAUCUCCAUCUGACCUGAUCUCCAUAUCUUCUCUUGCCAGCCCUUCCCUGUGCUCCCUCAAAUAUGUAUCUGACGAGAUUCUUUAAUUCCCAACUCCAUGUGUGUGCGAGCACGCGUGUCUGUGUUUGUGUGUGCAUAGUUCCGUGAUUUUAGACAUGCUUUCUUGUAGUACUUCUGCAAAGGGACUUUUUUGAAUCUUCAGUGGCAUUUUUUAAGGGAAAUAUGCAGAGUGGAUAUCUGGGUGGGUUGGGCCAGAAGAUUGGAUUUUGGUUUCACUUGGACAACAAACAGUAUUUGCAGAGUGAUUUCAAGAGAGAGCAGGUCAGAGGAAUAUGUGAGACUAGUUACUGUGUGGGCCAUUGAUUGGCUUGAUCAGUAGAAGGGAUAACUAUUACACAGAUAGGCAGGCAGGGUGACAGUCACCUCCCCUGUCCACGUGGAUCCAUACCCGUCAUUGUGUAAAUCAGAGGGACAGAUCUGAAGCCUGCGAACAAUGUCUGGUACACCGUGGAGUUUUCUCCAGAGAAGUGGCCCAAGCUCUAGAUUAGCCAAGAAAGCUGGAAAACAGAGCGCCAGACUUUGCUCUGCAGAGAAAGUGCUGUCCCUGUAGCAUCUGAUUCCACUGACCAGACACCCACACAUCCGCAGGAAGUGCUCCUGGUCUGAUGGAGAGCGGCUCUCCAUCCCCCAGUCCCAGGAAACAGAGUGAUAUUUUAAAAUGCCAUUGAUGAUGGGGGUCUUUCUGGGGAAGAGGAAGGACCAUAGCACACCGUCAUGAUAAAUAAGUGGAGCCUAGGUGUCAGAAGACAUAAUGGAAGCCAAGUCACCUUGAAGGUGACUUUCUGGGAAAGUCUUAAGUGUGCAAUGUCCCUUUAUAGGGGGGAGGCGGAAAAUCUCAGGGCAGUUCUGUCCAGGUAGAAAUAUUUUUGGCCCCCUGUCUGUUGUUGGUGAGGGGGUCAUACCAGCCAGGGAGACCCUCUGGGAAGAAGCUGCCACACACAAGGACUCUGGAAGUAUCCAGAUGUAAGCCCAGCCAGGGUCAUAUGGUUCCAAACCUGAAGAAAAAGUUUUUCACGCACUCCUUGCUUUCUGCUAAGAUAAGAAAGGUGUCACUCUGCCAGAGUGUGACUUUUUACAGAUUAAAUAAAGCUGUAUAUGUCUCAUUGUUA